AUGAGAUCUCCUGUCUCUUAUUCUCGAGAGCAGGAUCUCCCUGGGACAUCAAGAAAUCAGUUGAGAGGAAGACCAUCCAUUUUUGGAAGGGAGAAAUUGUCAACUUUCAAGUUGAAUAGGCCAUCGCAAGAGCAAAAUAGUAGACAUCUCAAGCAUUCGGCGUCAAUGGUUCUACGUGACAAGGAAAAUGACAGUGAGCAGCACAAGAAAACCAAGAAAAGCAAGCUUCGUGGAACUUUGCGUUCCCGACCGGCUACCUUGAAACCAAACCCAAAUAGAUUUGCAGCUCUCAAAUCUGCCUCAAGCAAAAACAAUGCCAUUCGAGGGUCCAAAAUCACUUCUCUCCGAAGGUCGAUCCGGAGUACCCUGUCUCCACCAGCCCCGGCUAAGAAAGCUAGCGAAACCUAUUCGUCGAGUUUUGGUUUCAAGACCAACAGUGAAACUUCCUUGCUAUCAUAUGAUACACCUUCACGGGGUUCCAAACCUUCAAGAAUAGACACCACACAGAUGUCGCCCCGUCUACUGGCCACACCCGUGACUCUUGGCUUCAACAACCCCUCUCCAACCACUCCGAAAGCCAUCCUCAGGGAUCAGUUAGAAAUGACCGUGGAUGAGAGCUUGCUCGUUUCUCCCACAAGCCAAAAUACAUCCUCCUUUCUCAGACUCGCCGACGAGCGGCUGUCCAUUACAAAGGACAGCAACAUUGGACGCCAUCAAAAGCCAACAAUCAUCAUCAAGUCUACUUUUGUUGAAUCUCUGAAUCUCUUGGCAGCAAGGUCCAGAUUUGUUUUUGAACAGAAACCAGAUCCAGCCAUUGAUGGAAGCAAAAUGAACACAGCACUGCUGGAACCUGACAUUAUGGCUAUCCCUACAAGUCUUAAACAAUCAAGCGGGCAUGAGUCUGAUCGCAUCAAUGCAACUCCUUCUUUGCAACAUCAAUCCAUGGAGACUUUUGAGCCUUUGCCCGCUGUCCACACGGCGAAGAAAAGUGACUCUGCGGCAAGCGCUAUCUUUGUGACACCUAUGAGCAGCAAGAGAAAUGAUGCCUGCAUGAAUCCUUCGUCUCUAUUGUGCAAUGAACAAAGUACCACGAAACCCAGGACAGCCAAUCGACAAAGUAUACCAAAUGAGGCUCUCACGGUGAAGCGGCGAACACGAGCCCGGGCACACGUCGAGGAGGACGACUGGGCCGAUUCGCAGUGUGAGCAGUUCCUUGCCUGGCUCAACUUCGUUCUUUGCCCAAACGAAGAUUGCGAGACACAGCUGGUUCCCUGCAGAAAUGACAAUUGUAUUGUGGAAAAACAACCAGGAAACUACUUCAAUCAGCCCGCUCUGCGGAUCCUCUAUUUGCACCAACAUAUGUCAAGCGCUAGAGCUGCGGCAUCCCGACUUCUAAAGAGCGAAGACAUGCAGGGAAUCAUUAGCAUCAUUGAUGCCGAGGUAGCGAAGGGAAAUCUAGCCAUUAGGAGUGACCGGGAUAUGUGUGGUGACUACGCUGACUUGACACUACGGCGAACGAUCCUGUCUCUUUUGUUCUCCUAUUCGAUGCCAUGGCUACAGCUCGGACUGGAAACUUUGUUUGGUGUUGUGAUUGAGCCAGAACUGAUUACAAGCUGUUCGGCAGUGGUCAAGGUGGCAAGUACGCCAGCGAACAAAGGCGCUGGCGUGAACACGCAACAAAACUUGAUGGGGGCUGCUCUCCGAUCCUUUAUUGUAAACAGGGUGCUCUCCGACACUGCCACCUUGGACAAGUAUACAAAGGGUCGCUGCAAAAUGCCUUCUGGCAACUUUGAAACAAGAUACCGAAAGGAGUUGCGAGUGCUCGUGCUACGAAGAGUACUCGCCUUAAUUUUCCUUCUUGAUAGACUGGGAUCACAAGCUGGUCAUUUGAAGACAAGGAAACUCUUCUCAAAGUCGUCUCAUGUGAAAUCGUCACGACAAGUCCUGGAACAGCUCUGCCGACAUUUCCUGGCCCAAGAAGGGGACAUUACCAAGCACUUGCGUCGCUUAGGACUCAAGGUGAUCUACAAGCAACAAAACAUUGACGAGAUAGAGUUCUCGAUUACAAACUUUGCCGUGGACUUGCGCGACGGAGUCCGCCUUGCGAGACUGGCUGAAAUCUUGACCGGAGCGAGGAAGAAUUCCUUGCUGCAGAAGCUCCGAGUUCCGGCGGUGUCACGACUUCAGAAAUUGCACAAUGUAGGUCUGGCCCUGAGUGCUUGGCGCAAUGCUGGGGUCACUCUCUGCGAGGACGUCUCACCGCACCACAUUGUCGAUGGGCAAAGGAGUGCCGUGUUCAAGUUGAUACGGAUCAUUGUGUCACACUUCUGCUCCCGAACAGUCUUUGACCACGGUCAAGUUGAGAAUGAAGUUGUUAAGCUUUUGGGAGAGGAACCUACAAAGAGACCAGUCCUUUCGAAGGCUCUUUCCACCCUGGAUAGUUGCGACAAUCAAACCGAAAAUCGAGGGAGGACCCUUCUGUUCAGCUGGUGUCACGCGGUAUGCUCUCGAUACAGAUUGCCGAUAUCAGACUUCUCGUCGUCGUUUGCGGAUGGCAAAGCUCUCUGCCUGAUGAUCCACCAUUAUCAUCCGUACAUGCUCAGUUUAGACGAAAUCCGACCCACGACCAUGGAUUUUGACGGUCAAAAGCCUCUGACAUUGGACGAUGCGCUUAGAAACGAAAGACUAAACAACACUCUCGCGCAUAGACGUCUGCUGGAGCUAGGAGGCAUUCCUGGGAUGGCUCCGACUUCCGAUACAACACACCCACCAGACGAAAAGUCCCUCGUAGCCUACCUUAGCUACUCUUGCUCCCGCUUGCUGGCUUCGCAAGAUGAGGUCCGCGCAUGCAAACUGAUCCAAAACUGUUACAGACGACAUCGCCGCCGCCGUCUGGUGGUGCAAAGGCUCAAGGCUGCUGGAUUCAUUGGUACCACAUGGCAACGACACAGAGAAAAAUAUUUCCACAAUCAACGAAAGAAGUAUGGCUGGGCAGUGAGAACUAUCGAGAGCCUUGUUCGGAGUAGACGACACAGCCUCGUACGAAUGAAAGAGGCCAGAGUUCGAGUCGAGAUUCGACAAGAGUCCGCAGUCAAAAUUCAGAAUCAAUUCCGACGCUUUCGUGCCCAGAACUCCUUUCAUCUGCUCAAAACUCGUCAUGCUAUUGCCGCCAACGUGCGCAAGCAGUUUGUCCAGAUGAAAGCCCACCACGAGGAGGAGAAUAGACGCCGUACUGAAACGGCAGCAAUCAGACUUCAAAGCACUUGGAGGCGAUAUUCAAAGCGCAAGGAGUUUGUUGCCACUCUGAAGUCAGCGUUAUUAAUACAGAAACUCGUACGAAAGGUCGGUGCACGCGAGAAGUUUUGCUUGGCACAAAAAGGUGCAAUCCGAAUCCAAUCAAUCUGGAGAGCCUUCUGGUUCCAGAUGCAAUUUCAGGUCCAGAUCCUCGACAUCAUUGCGAUACAGACAAUAAUCAGGUCGAAACUCGCUGUUGCUGCGAAAGAAACCAAGUUCCAAGCACUACUAGUGUUGCAGCGUUCAGUGCGGAGAUUUCUGGCAACGCGAAGAUCUCAAAGAAUGCGCAGAGUUAGGAAUCGCUUCCGGCACUUCGACAAAUCUGCCAUUCUCUGUCAGGCUUCAAUUCGAAUGUUUCGAGUGCGCCAAAAAAGAAUGUACGCAACGUCUGCAGCCGCCAAAAUCCAGAAACUGUGGCGAUCUGCAAGAGAUGCUCGGUGUGCCGAUGAAGACGUUGACGAAGAAUGCAUCAGUUCGACGAAGAGUCCAAAGCGCAAAGGUGAAACUGAAAACGCAGGGGCCGCACUCGAAGAGGAUUCUCACUCGUUGACCCAAUUGUACCCGUCCGAAGAUCACGACGCUAAGUUACGAAAACAUGCCGUGCGCAUGCUGCAAAGGUUUGCGGGGCAAUGUCUUUCGAGAGGCCUUAUCAACAGAGUAACAUUGCUUCAGGCUUUCGUCCGGGGACACUUGAUACAAAUGGCUGUGAUUCGAGCCAAGGUUGCAACUCUUCAUAUCCAGAAAGCUUGGCGUGCUUCUCAUCAGGUGAACGCAUUCAAACUAAUGAAGACCUCGGCAUUGACGUUGCAACGUUUUUGGCGUCGGUGCAAAACACGACGAACGCUAAUGCCAAUCAUCAAUGCUGCGAGCCCCAUUCUUAAAGUUGAAGAGCUUCAAACAACUGCAGGGCUUCUGCUGAAUAUCAGUCUUGGGGCGAGUCUAAUCGAUGACGAUAUUGUGGCUGGCAACUUUUCACAAGAAGAGAGUCGUCUUUACCUAGACAAUACGUUGGAAAUGAUCCAUGAUCCUCAUCGAUCAACGAACGGGUGUGCGAUCACAAUUCAACGUUACUGGAGAGGAUUCGUUGCAAUACGGCACUUUCACUCGUCGACAACAGCAGCAGUCAGUCUGCAGGCUUUCUACAGAGGAUCCCGGAGGAGGCUCCAAAUGCAGCAACUUCAUAUCAGCGCAACUAAGAUUCAGAGCAAAUGGCGUGCCCAUCUAUCCAACCAUCAAUAUCAGAAAACUUUUGGGGCCAUCGUCUCGUGGCAAACCUGUGCACGGAUGUGGCUGGCAAAACGCCUGCUUUCCAAAGCGCGGAUGGCUUCUGUGUGCAUCCAGAAACAUUGGAGAAGCUCUAUCUGCAGGCCUCGGUUCAACAAGGACUUGAUUUCGAUUGUCAAAUGUCAAUACUAUGCACGUCGAUGGCUUUCAAAUCGGAGAUUCCUGAUGGCUUGGUCUGCUGCUCUUUGCAUCCAAAAGAUUUGGAGAGGCUAUAUCGGACAUGCGUCCUACCGCGCGGACUUGCUUGCUGUGGUCAAAUGCCAAAGCUAUCUACGCCGAUGGCAGGCAUCCUCAAGGCUCAGUUUGGCAAAGAGAGCUGCCAUUUGCAUUCAGAAGAAUUGGAGAAGCUUCGUCUGCAAUGUUGGCUUCCACAUGGACUUGAUGGAUAUUGUGCUAUGCCAGAGCCUUGUGCGCAGCUGGCUUGCAAAGAGGAGACUUUGUCUUGCAAACCAGAAGCUCGUCGUCAGCUCACCAGAGAUUGCAAUGGUUUUUGUUUCCGACCCUGUCGAUGAGAACGUCCACCUCCAGCCAGUUCAAAGCCGAGGAGCACCUGAGGAUGGAACAUGCUUCGACUGCAACAAUGCUGCCUGUGAUGUGGACGUGAAAGGAAUUUCAAUCCCACAGUCGCAAGCAGAGAAUCAAUUCCAUCUAGCAGCAGAGAAAUCAGCUGUUUGCAUCCAAAAGCACUGGAGAGGGUUUGCCUGCAAUGUUGGUUUCAAGAUGGACCUGAUGGACAUUGUUCAAUGCCAAAGCCUUGUUCGAAGAUGGUUGGUAAAGAAGAGACUUUCCCUUGAUCAGCAGGCUGUUAUUUUGGCCCACAAGAAGUUGGUUGCUGUUGUACAAUUGCAGAGCUUUGGCCGAAGAUGGUUGGCAAACAGACAAAUUUACCGUGUGCACCAGGCUGCAUUAUGCAUUCAAAGACAUUGGCGGGGCUUUGUCUACAGCAUUGGUUUCCAAAUGGACUUACUUGACAUUGUGCGAUGCCAGAGCUACAUUCGAAGAUGGCUGGCAAAGAAGAGAUUCGACAGUUUGCAACAGGCUACAAUCUGCAUUCAAAGGCACUGGCGCGGCUUUGUCUGCAACAUUGGGUUUCAAAUGGGCCUACUUGACAUUGUACGGUUCCAAAGCCUUGCUCGAACUUGGCUGGCAAGGAAGAGAUUCUACCGCGUGCAGCAAGCUGCUGUUUGCAUUCAGAAGCAAUGGAGGGGCUUAGUCUGUUCUAUUAACUACCACAUGGACUUGAUGAAUAUUGUCCAAUGUCAAUGCAUUGUUCGAAGAUGGCUUGUGCGUCAGCAUUCUUCCUCGAGUACGCUCAGGUCCCUCCCAAGGGAAACUUCCAGAAACCAGGGAACAUUGCUACGAGUAGCAGAGCAUGGUAAUAAAGGACGAGACCGCAACAACAAAAGAGAACGAGCUGCGUGUAUCAUCCAAAAGUGCUGGCGUUGCUACACAGUUCAUGUGGAAUAUUUCAUUGCGCUACUGGGUGUGAUGGCAUUGCAAGCCAAUUGCCGCCGUGCUAUUGCCAAACGCCGAUACCAAAGUGCUCUACAAUCCAUCGUUUCCUUCCAAGCCCUGUAUCGAGGAUAUCAUGUGCGGCGUCUUGCGCUUGAACAGAACCAGCUCCUGAGGACAGUGCACCAAAGCAUCCGCAAAGAACUCCGGAGUCGUGAUGAACCAGCGACAAUCAGCACUCGGGUAGCACCGGUACUUCCAAGAUCUGGUCAGGGAUGCAUUGACAGAUCCACCACAGCUGCCAUUCUGAUCCAAAAAGUCUGGCGCGGACACAGCGCAAGCUUCAUGUACCAAAUCGUGAUCUUCUGCACACUACAAAUCCAGCGGGUUGUGCGUGGCUUUCUUGCCAAGAAGGAGAUAGCAAGUCAACGACGAACAAACGUUUUAAGAGCUCCUGAUACGCUUGCUCGAGCUGCUGGAAUCCUCACUGAUACCAGCAACAUUUCAUGGGAGGCGCUUCCGUGGAUAUCUGGACGGGUGGUGGUAUUGCAGAGUCUGGUGAGAGGGCACUUGAUUCGGAAAGCAAGGCGCAAACAGCUUUGUGGUAUUGCGGCUCGUUUGAAAACACAGCAUAGUCCCAAUAUGCAGCUUGGUGCUCGAACGGCCAGUGCCCUUGCUGUAAUUGGGACGCGAACUUCGCUCUCUGAAAUCAUGGCAGCUGUACGGAAUCUCGAAGCCACAACUCGUCUGUCUCGUGGAGCUGCGAUUGCUGUCGUCAAAGGCAACACAACAGCCAUCCUUUUGUCUCUGAUAAGAGCGUGCAACCAGAGUAGGCCGCAUCAAGAGAUCUUGAUAUACCUCUUGUCAAUUUUGAAGAAUGUGUCGCGGCACAAGGACUUGCUCCCUUUCAUAGCUACGACAGAAGUUGCUGAGGUUAUGAUCGAUCUUGUGCAGGUUUUCCGGAGCAAGCAGGAAGUGUUUUGCCUCUCUGUGUCAUUGCUUGAAAUCUGCAUCAAGAGGAAGGAAAACAAGUUGCUGUGUCAAUCACAAGAGAAUUUGAAGCGAUUGAAAGCUGUAAACAAGCUUUGCAAUAGGAAGCAGCUAUCGACCAUUGGAAGGGGUACUAUGAUGAAUGCCCCAGGGGAGAUGUCAAACUGUUCCAAUACCUUGCAGAUUGCCAUGCCAGUGGGCCCAAAUAGUUUCUACGCUGAAGGGGCAGAGGCACUAAGGCGGAUAAUUCUGAUAGCUGAGGAGGCCUUGAGGUACAGCAACCGAUGA